AUGCGAUCGUCCGAGUCUUCCCAUGUGGGGCCGCCCAGCUCACAUCUAGAAACCCUUCUAGACAAGUCCACUGCACCCCGACAAACUACCACCAGUCAAAGGGAAACUGGGGGUACAAUCCCUUUUCAACAUGACCGGGAUAACUCUUCCCAACCGACAGCCUACUUGCCCUCAGCAGCCAACACCGCUCCGCCGGAGAUUCUACUCCAAAUCUACUCCAUGCUGACGCCCCGAGACUUCGACAAUGCGCGGCGGACCUGCUCACAGUGGAUGCGGGUCAGUUUGAAUCACAGGCUGUUGCAGGGCAUGCUACGACGAGCCGGGUGGUGGGAUGCCUGGCAGCAAGACUGCGAAAGGCACCGCACCUCGAAACGGCCCGCCGUCGAAGAAAGCGAGGCCUGGAGGAUGAGCAAGCGCUUUGCCACCGAGUGCCUUCUGUCAGGACGCAAGACGAACGUCGAGAAGCCGGGCUUCUUGGUGACCACCGUUGUGGAUUUCUCGAGUCUCUCGCAAACCUCGCCGGCUAAAUCUCGCCGGGUCUCCUCUCACACGGUCUCCCAGGAUGCGAGACCGGUGGAGCCACGGGGUGUGUCAAUGUUCACUUUCAGUGGUUGUGGCAGAUAUCUGCUCGUGACGACUGGUUGCAUGAUCUAUGUUUAUAGUCUCCGUGCUCGGAGGGCUAGGUCGACUUUGUUAUCAGUUGACUCAAGCGAUGCUGAUUUAGCACCCAUCGCAAGCAUCGCGUGCCAAUCCGAGGUCCUCUCGGUGACCAUGGACACUAGUACAGCUCAGCCCGUUGUGGCAGCGUUGCUGCGCAGCCGCGUCGGGAUGGUCUGCGAUUUGAAUGUUCAACCCGAGAAACAGGAAGAUAGCGAGAGUGGCAAUCCUGCACCCACUGCUGGUCCAGUGGGCAAUGGAAAGUCCUCUCCGUCUGCAGCGUCAAUAAAUCAAAGCUCCCGCCACAUGCCAAUCGUCGGCUCUUCUUCUCGUCAUUACUUUCACAACGUGUGCUCUCCCGACGCUCCACCUCAGACAGUUACAAUUUGUCCAGGGCGGCGAUGUGUGGCCUUUGGUUGCGCCUCCGGUGUCGAGAUCCACUGGGUCGACGAGACAAGCCAUUGCGAUCAACGAAAGCGUUUCCCCAUGUCCCAGCCAUCCGAGAUUCUACAUUUCCUCCCCAAUCGUCCAGACAUGCCCACAGAGCUGCGGUUGAUUUCGUCCCUGGCUGGUCCAGGGAUCCUCGACAGCGCAGGAUCGCAGUCGCCGCUGCCCAGCCAGUCCAAGAAGACCCAAUUCCAUCUUCUAGCCGACGUGCAGUCGCUCACUCGACGCCGGCCUUCGAAUGGGUCGACGCUCAGCCUCGUACGCGCAACCCACUGCCACCACUACCGAGCAGUCCCCAUCAACGACGGCUUCCACAUCAUCUUCAUCGAGCCGCGUACCGGCCUCCUAUGCAUAGGCUCAGAUGCGCCAAUCGGCGGCCCAACCAGCCUCACGCGUGCAUUCGUCUGCGUGCCCCCGUCCGAGUACGACGCACCCGACGCGAACAAAGAGGCCCGCAUGCCGAGCAUCUUCGUAGCGGGCUCGGAUCUGAGAUGGGGCCUGCGAGUCGUCGCCGCAUACCAGGACCGCAUCGUGCUCUAUUCUAUCCCGCUGGACGUGUUCAACGUCAUCCGCAAGGAGCGCGAGCGCCAAGGCGACGGCGUCAUGGGCGACAGCGACCUGGCGCGCGACUGGUUCGUCGACUCCGAGCGCUCCCGCAAGCGCCGUGAGAGCCUCGUGCAGAACCAGAACGGCGACUGGGAGUUCCUGCUGAGCGUCAGCUACCGGCCCACCGCCAUGAUGUGGCCGUUCAAGAUCUACGGCAAGGAGAUCGGCCGUGUCGACCGUCUCAUCGAGCUGGCCUUGCAGUCCUCUGACGGCGGCGCCCGUAUCUGGGCGUUCAGUGCGUCGGGCGAAGCUACCGUCUUCGAUGUCGAUACUUUCUCCUCCCCCAAUGCCCAAAGUCUCGCUGACAUCCCUUGCUCGUCCUUGAAAGUUGCCGCAGACGGCAGUCUUGAGCCGACGCGGUUGGUAGAGCGCCGCGACUCGACGCGGCUGAUGCCGCUCUCGUCCCGUAAACGCAAAUUCGCUGAAACCCGCGAUCACUUUUCUGGUCGCUAUGGUGCUGCUCUGCAGACGCCUGGCUUUGCUCUGGAUGCCUCUGAGCUCGUUGGUGCUGGUCCCACUGGCACGCAUGCGGCAUUCGGCGACUCCUCUAGUCAUCGCACCUCCUUUGCUGCUUGCAUUGUGGACUUCAAAAUCCCUGAGCUGGGGCCGCGCGAGGGUCGAUGGAGGGAGUCGCCGCGUCGAGGCAGCAGAGCGGCCUGUGUAUAA